AUGGCGCCUUCCGUUGCUGAGAAGACUGUUCCUGCCGAAACGGCCGCGCCUGGGGGAAAGGAUGUCAAGGUUGCACCUGCUGUUAUUACUGAAGAUAAAGGGCCUUCUUACCCCGCUUACUACCCCACUUUUGACCUGACGGAGAAAUGGCCCCCAACAGAGCUUUUCGAGCAUCACGAUCCCGGUCUACGUGCCGAUCCGCUCAAGCCCCACCUGCUCAACUCCAACACAACAGUGCACCAUCUCUCGCCGUACAUCGGCACCGAGCUGCUCGGGAUCCAACUUUCCCAGCUCCCCCCCGCAGGACUAGAUGAGCUCGCGCUCUUCGUCGCUGAGCGCAAGCUCGUCGUCCUCCGGGAUCAAGAUUUCAAGGAUCUGGGAUUCGAGAGGCAGAUCGAGCUGGCUAAGCAUUUUGGACCGAUUCAGAGGCAUCCGACUAGUGGGAACGUACCCGGCUAUCCGGAGUUUCAUGUUGUGUACCGCGACCCCACGCAUGACCGGUUCCAGGAACGCAGGAACAACCGUCUCUCCCAGGUUGGGUGGCACAGCGACGUCUCCUACGAACGUCAGCCUCCCGGCACGACGAUCUUCUGGAUUCUGGACCAGCCCGCGCUAGGGGGAGACACGCUCUUCCUCUCCCAGGUAGAAGCGUACAAUAGGCUGAGCCCGGCGUUUAAGAAACGCUUGGAGGGGCUGAGGGCGGUGCAUUCUGCGGUUGAGCAGGCAGAGUUUAGUGCCAAGAGAGGGGGACCGGUGAGGCGCGAGCCUGUGGCGACUGAGCACCCGCUCGUGCGCGUGCACCCUGUCACGGGGGAGAAAGCGCUCUACGUCAACCCCGGGUUCACGCGCCGGAUCGUCGGUUACAAACAGGAAGAGUCGGACAACCUCCUCCAGUUCCUGUACGACCAUAUUGCCAAGGGUGCGGACUUCCAGGUCAGGGCGGGGUAUAAGCCCGGCACGGUGGUGCUUUGGGAUAAUAGGGUUACGGUUCAUUCUGCGACCCCGGAUUAUGAUGCCUCGAAGGAGAGGAGACAUUGUGUAAGGUUGACGCCACAGGCUGAGGUGCCCGUUGAGGCUAAAGCGGACGAGGAGUAG